ACAAUCACCCACGUCGUUCGGCUCGCCGCGCUGGGCCAACUCGCCGCCGGCGUCGGUGCUCUCCAGCGCGCACGCCUCGCCGCGCGGCAGCGACGACCCCGCGUGGGCCGCAGGGCGCUUCAGCUCUCUGCGCGGCUCGUCGAAGAGCGUCGACAUGAGUGCCGGCGGCAUCAGUGGCGUGCGGCACCGCUCCACGCCGUCGUCCAACAUGGCGCACUCGGCCUACACGCUGCCCACGACGCCUGCCGGCUGGGCGGACAUCAAGAACGCGCCGGAGCCCGACGAUGCGCUGCACGACCCGCGCAUCGACUCGGGCAAGAGCCCGGCCAUGUCGGUGCGCGGCAUGCUCAACAUCGGCACGCUCGUCGUGCUCGGCUGCGGCCUGCUCGGCCUCUUUGCCGGCUAUCCUGUCGUCUCGUACGCACUCGGCCCGCACAUCUCGACCAAGGGCGGCUUCAAUUUGGGCGGCACCAAUGCCAGUGGCCAGGUGGCCGACAUCAAGGGCAUGCGCACGUCGCUCAUCGACCCCGACACGCCGCAGGAGGCGCUGACGCGCAUCGGCCUCGACGGCACGACAGAGUUUGAGCUCGUCUUCUCAGACGAGUUCGAGACCGCUGGGCGCAGCUUCUACCCGGGCGAUGACCCGUUCUGGGAAGCAGUCGAUCUGCACUACUGGGGCACGAACAACUACGAGUGGUACGACCCGGCCGCCGUGACGACGAGCGACGGCGCGCUGCAGAUCACGCUCAGCGAGACGCCGGAGCACAACCUCAACUUCCGCGGCGGCAUGCUGCAGAGCUGGAACAAGAUGUGCUUCACCGGCGGCUACCUGGCCGCCUCGGUGCGCAUGCCCGGCCGCGCAGACGUCGGCGGCCUGUGGCCUGCGUUCUGGGCGAUGGGCAAUCUCGGGCGAGCAGGCUACGGCGCUUCGCUCGAGGGCAACUGGCCUUACACGUACGACACAUGUGACGUGGGCACGCUGCAGAACCAGACCUACACCAACUCGACGCCCGUCGCGGCGCUGACGGGCGGCGACACUGUCUUCAACCGCAAGCACGGCACCAACGCACUCUCCUUCCUCACGGGGCAGCGUCUCUCGGCGUGCACAUGUCCCGACGACGACCAUCCCGGCCCGAAGCUGCCCGACGGCACGUGGCAGGGACGCUCGGCGCCCGAGAUUGACGUCUUCGAGAGCCAGGUGGAGAACGGCAAGAUGACGGUGUCGCAGUCGGCGCAGGCUGCGCCCUUCAACCUGCUCUACACGCCGAGCAACGCCAGUGGGCCGGCCUUCUCCUUCUACCAGAAGAGCACGAAGCACAACGGCUACACGGGCGAGGUGACGCAGCAGGCGCUCAGUGCCGUCACGGCGACGCCGCAGGGCGCCAUGCAGUACGGCGGCGACGGCUCCUUUGCCGAGUACGGCUUCGAGUAUCAGGCCGGACACGGCGGCUACAUCGAGUGGGUCUCGGGCGGCGAGAAGGCCUGGCGCCUCAACGCCGCUGCCCUGGAGGCGGACCCGCAGUCGGGCAUCUCGGACCGGCCCGUGCCGCAGGAGCCCAUGUACAUCAUCCUCAACCUCGGCAUGUCGAGCAACUUCGGCACCGUCGACUGGGAGGGCCUGGCGGAUCUCUGGCCCGCCGUCAUGUCCGUCGACUGGGUGCGAGUGUACCAGCCCAAAGGCCAGAUCAACGUCGGCUGCGACCCGCCGGACUUCCCGACGAGCGCGUACAUUGAGCGCCACAUGCCCGCCUACACGAACGCCAACCUGACGCUGUGGGGCAACACGCAGCCCGAGGGCGGCUACGAGCAGGACUGGCCGCGCAACCGUCUCAACCCGGGCGGCUGCGACGCCGAGCCGUCGAAGAAGCCCGGCUCGCCCUCGACGCCCAAGCCGCGCGCGCCGGCGCUGAAGCAGCACCAGAUUGCCAUCGGCCAGUAGGCAGCACGCGCAGCGCUCAGGCCAGAGGAGAAGGAAGGGGAGAGAGAGAGGUGCAUGUUCCGCUAAUCGCCAUCACUGAACACCCAGCAUGGCGGCGUGAGGUGCAUUGGGCAGAGGACGAGCAGAGGAGACCUUUUGGCUGCUGCCACUCUGACUGGGCCUUGGCUGGCCUCGUGCUACUCGCGAGCGC